UGAGAAAUGGAAGUAAUAAUACAAGGAAAUGGCCCCGGACAUUAACGUUUCUCGCCCUCGUCAGCAGAUGCCUUUGCGAGCCAAACUCUCCCCUCGUCAAAACCCUAAUGUCUUAGGCUGAGGAGGACGCCGUUUUUUCCGCCACGAUGAGUGUUGAUACAGAGCCACUAGAGUUCGAUUCGAUGGACCUCCUGUCACUCUACACAGUCAUGGCGGUGAAGAGACUUGUGAUCAGCAAAAAACCAGUCGUGAAGGAGAUAAAGAAAAUUUCAGAAGUCGCAGAGCAGAACAUAUCUAGGCUGAACAUAAACAGGAAGUGGUUCUUCGAAGUACUGAGGGACCAUGCAAGGCUGUAUGAAGAAGAAUGGUCACAUGCAUUAGGGCUCCAAGGCAUGGGGUCUUUUCGCUUCAACACGUACCUGCUGAUCGUUUCCUUCCGGCUGGGGAUGGAGAAGAUCUGGGACUCGGAGGAAUUCCAGAUCCACGAGGAGGAGGAGCUCAAGGACCUCCUGGCGAAGUUGUGCCCCAGGCUGCCUCUCCGAGAGCUCAGUCAGCUUUACCCAAUGUUCGAGCACUAUGCCCAGAAAUCUCCCAACUUGGAGGUGGUCCACAUGCCCCGCAGUGACAAUAAUUCGUUCAGGAGAGUCAUGGCUUACAGAAAUCUACGUGUGCUAAAUCUCGCCGGAGGGGUAUCGGAUAAGGUCCUGUGCAACUGCUUAUGGGGCAUAGACAAAAGGAGUGAUAAAGUGUUGGAUUUGGUCCUCAAAGGCUCAAAGGCUUACACAAAUGUGCAGUUGUCACUUCCUCACCUGGAGGUCCUGCGCAACAACAUAAAGAGGAAGAAUUCAAAUACAAUGCGAAUCAGUUUAGGGGCAGUGGCACUUGCUCUACAGCCCAAGCUUGAAGUAGUCGAGACACUGGUGUACUGGGAUACAUACGAUGCUGUCCUAUAUCUCUUGGUUAUGGAAGACAGGUAUAAGGUAAGAAGAGGUUAGCUUUUAUUAAAUUCUAAAAACUAUUAGAGGCAAAAGUCAGAAGGUUUAUGAUUAGAAGGCUCUUGGGACAAAAAUUUGAUCCUCUGAGACAUUGUAACUGUUGUUAUGUUUCAGAGAGUUUAUUUACUUGAUAAUGACCAGGCAUUGUCUUGCGGGUAUUGAUUUCCAAAGAGCUGACAUAUAUCACAAGUCAUAAGAUAUUUAUUAAUUAUACUAUUUGAUGACUAAUUAAGCUAUGGGUAAUUAAUCCAAUUGGCAUGGAUAGCAAAAAUACAUCCCAUACCCACUGUAAUAUAAGUUUAUUUAUUGUAUUUACACAUAGAUGGCUCUACAAGUUCUUAAUCACCAAGGAGCCAGUCAUUAAUCCUACCUGUCUCAGCUGUAUACCCUUUCCUUGAUUUUUGGAAAGUUUCUUUUGUAUUAUUUCAGUGUCUAUAAUGUUACACAGACUUUGAUAAUAACUAAAUAAUCAUAUUAUCAGUAAAAAUAAUAACAGUAUUGAUAUCAAUAGUAUUAGAAAGAAAAAACACAUUCUCCCAAAAUUUCAAGGAAUGGGGAAAUCAGGAGUGGUCACUAGGGCCUACUGAUAGACUCCUUGGCAGCUGAGCACACGUGGAGUCAUCUUUAUGUAACAAAAUUCGCCAAAAAAAAAAAAAUACAGGGGGCAGUACAUAUAUCUGUAGUGUUUAGGUUAAUAAUGCUGCUGGGUAUUUAACCCAUUGCCACCAAGGAAAAAUAGGGAAAAUGCUGUGCUCAUUUUUUUUUUUGUAUUUUUGUGAAAUGUCUCAGUACAUAG